GUCACACCCACAAUGCAUUAGCUUGUACAUACUUAUAUGGGGAGGGGCUGCUCAGGGCUACACAAACACAAGGGCAAGAACUGCUAAAGCUAAAGAGAUGAAGCUCCUACUGUUGGUAUCCCUACUGGCCGCUGUUACCUUGACAACAACGUACGCCCAAACCAUUGACCGUGACUAUGUCCAAUGCGAUGUCCAACGUCGUGUGUGUGAGUGUCGCGAGGAUGCGGAUGAAUGUGACUUCACGCUAGUUAUAGAAGAGCUGCAAACUUUCACCAGCUACACAGUGGAGGAGGGCAACCCAGUCUACUCCAACCCAAUAGAGCAGAGAGAAGCAUUCAAGUUCCGUGAAGAAGAGGGAAACUCGUAUUAUUUCAACGCCUCUGGACAUUUGAAACCAUUAAACACUGAUCCUGACCACGUUUGUGUGACAUUGAACGAAGACUUUGGCUCUGUUAAAUGCACUGUUCCAUUCACAGCUGAUGGUCGUACUUAUCGUCCAUUCAUUGCCAUCAAUGGAAUAGCCCCAGGCCCUACUAUUAUAGUGUACGAGGGACAGAAGGUGAUUGUCAGUGUUAAUAAUAGACUGAUCACAGAGAGUACAUCAAUCCAUUGGCAUGGUAUGGAUAUGAGGAACACUCCAUGGAUGGAUGGCGUUGUCUUGGUUACUCAAUGCCCCAUAGACCCCUAUGAAACAUUUCGAUAUUACUUUGAAGCUGCGCCGACUGGAACGUUCUGGUACCAUUCCCACAGAGUGGAGCAACGAGCCGACGGUUUGUUUGGUGGUCUAAUUAUUCGAGAGUCCGUAGAAAGGCGUCUAAUGCUUGAGGGCGCUUUGGGUGCCCCAGUAAUUGAUGAUCCUGGCACUCGGACUAUCCAACUUCACGCGUGGGCUGAGGGAACUACACUCGACCUAUUCACAAGGAUUAAAGGAGGACUGGAGUUCUUCCCUGACAAGCCAUUCGGGGACAUCCCCCUACCCCCCAGCGAGCAAACAGGGACCCCCUACACAGCCUACGAGGCUUCCUCUGGGCCCGACGGUUUGGAGGUCGGCGAUAUACCAUUUUGGUCCGGGCUUAUCAACGGUAAAGGACGACACAAUGAUGUACCAUACAACAAAACACGAUUGGAGAUAUUCAAUAUUCUCAACGACGGUGGAUUGUAUCGUUUCAGACUAGUAGGAGCUCAGAGUUUGUAUGCUCUCAAGUUUUCUAUUGAUGAGCAUAAUUUGACUGUGAUUAGUACGGAUGGUAGCCUCAUAGAGCCAGUGGAGACACAGUUCCUCAUUAUACACACCGGAGAAAGAUAUGACUUUAUUGUGAAAGGACAGAAACCACGAGAUGAUGUCAGUGAUUAUUGGAUACGUGCAGAGACACUGGAGGUUGAUCUGGACUCCCCUGGCCCACCCUACACUCCAGCCGGUAAUCUAGCCGAGGGCAUACUCCAUUACAGACAAAGCCCUGAGCAAUUACCACGAUCUACUGACUACGAGAUGAUCAAACAAAACUCUAUUCCAUUCAACACUUCAACUUGUGCCGAUAUCGGUGGAUGUGUGGCUGUAAAUUGCCCAUUCCUGAACUUCCAUUCCUCGUACAACACCAGCUGUAUCAAUGCCCACCAACUGAAGAGAUUGGAAGCAACACCGAGCGAGCAAAUGCCUGAGGCUGAACUAGACCCUGAUUGUCAAGAUUGCGAGAUCUUCUUCAAUAUUGGUUCUGAUCAUGACUCUCUAAAUGGCCGUAACAUGAGGCUACCUCCCGCCCCUCCACUGACACAGAAGGAUGACCUCUUACCAGGACAAUUCUGUAACCUCCAGACACCAUGCCCUAAUGAGCAACCAUGCAGCUGUACACACAUGAGGGAAAUCACUUCAUUUAACAAGACAAUACGUAUUGUUCUCAGUGCUAUUGGUGAAGACGUGCGUGAAGGUGAAGCUUCCAGUCAUCCCUUCCAUUUGCAUGGCCAUCAAUUCCACGUGGUUGAUGUUGGAUACGGACCUUACAAUAAUAACACUGGAUUUCUAGAAGGCCCUAGAGAAGACAUUGUGUGUGAUGACAGGCUGUGCAGCAAUCCAUCCUGGGCUGUGGGCAUGAAACCAUCUUUCGAGAUAUCCAAUAAAACACUUCGCAAGGAUACUGUGAUUGUUCCCGGUGGAGGUUACGUUGUGCUUCAGUUCCGUUCCGAUAAUCCCGGUCUUUGGUUCCUACAUUGCCAUAUUGUACCCGAUCUCCUCGAGGGCAUGUCUGUGAUGAUCAAUGAAGUGGAGAGCCGUCAUAACCCACCCCCUGAUAAUAUCAACAAGUGUGGUGAUUUUAGGAUAUCCCAGUCGCUGUUUUAUGAGAAGCUUGCCUUCGAUCCGUCCAAUGCUGCACAAGGAAUGGUAGCCAGCUAUCUGGUGGCUAUUACCAGUGUAGCCAUGCUUGUACUGGGUUAGUAGUAUAUAGUUAUAGCAUAAUUAUGUUGCUGUAGUUAGUUGAAUAGUUAGAGACGUUUUAACCUUUUUAAUUGUUUUUGAGCACAUUAUUUAUUCUGCUGCAUGCAAAACUGUGUAAAAGUGAUGUUGACAAUUCAUUUUUUAUUACAACACAA